CUCCUCUUCGUCAGUCCGCCUUGUUUCCGACCAUCGCCGUCUCUCUCCCACUGCUCAUCCGCUGAGUCGAAGGUGAACACCCGAGUCCCGCAGCUGGGGAAAUUUUUGAGGAAAGUCAAGACGACGUGUAACACCUUCGAGGGACAGUCCAACCCAUCCCGAACAGCGACGACAGUCACUUGUCUCUGAAGCCACAGCAAAAAUGGAUCCGAUGACUCAGUCCACCCAGAUAACAUCGUCGCAGGGGCUCGCCGAUGGGCAAAAUUCCGCUGCCAAAGAGUCUAAGCUGUCCGAUUCCUUUCUUUCCUCUUCGCCUGUAUCUCUCAUUCAGUCUCCUCAAGACAAAAGAGUUGUCCUGGGCUCUGAAAAGCCCUGUGAAGGUGUAGCGACAUCCCUUCGCUUUCCUUCUCAACCUGGCUCAUUCACACCUGGUCACUAUGCGACUGAAGCAGGGCCACCAGAUGGACAGCCGGAUUCACCAAUAAAGACAUCUCCAGUUUCUGAGCGAAUAAAGGCAUUGGAAGCUCUUGCUGCCAAAAAGAAGGAACCCGACUUUAGAAAUGAGGGAGGUUUCUCUCACUUCAGAGAUCGCCACUAUGAAAAGUCUCCCACUGACAUACAGAAAUCUCCCAAUGAGGCCCAAAAAUCUCCCAAUGAGGCCCAAAAAUCUCCCAAUGAUACCCCAAAAUCUCCCACUGAGAUAAUUGUACCGACUAACCAGAAAAAAGAAGUGUCUGUUGAUAAGGAGUCACCGGAAUCCCCCUUUGAAGUACUUGGAGAUUUAAGACAAGUGAAUGAAUUUGAAGAAACAGAAGUGUGGAUGAAGGCUCAUUUACCACCUGUGCCAGACCUUGAUGCUGUAGAUCUAAUCAAAGGUACCCUGGUUUCCAAUACUGUUGCAUCAAAAGAGAAGGAGGAGACUGACAUAGUUUUACCCAAUGCUCCUGCUACCUUUGCUGGUGUCCCUGAUGCUUUCAUGGAUUCUCCUAUUGUAACUUCAGAACUGAAGGAUGAGCUGAAGGAUCAGCUAAGUGAUGCACAUAAGCAAGAGGAGGAGGCAGAGUUUGACCUUAGUUUUUUGCCAACAGCCUACAUGUGGGAUCAGCAGGAAAAACCAGCCGUCCAGGUUCAAGCAAAUCUUGAUUCAGAGCUUCCAGCAUCACCUGCUCCUCCUGCAGGCUUUGACUCCCCAUCUCCUCCUGUCUCCCCACCAAUUGACAUGAAUGCUAAACAGAAUGUUUUGCAUGACAAGAAGACCACUUGGACCAGAGAUCCGCCAGAAGCAAGUGAAGCAGACAGCUCAGGAGAGUCGGAUGAUACUGUCAUUGAAGAUGGUGUCAUCAUCCCUGCAUCUGUUCCCAUUGCAUCUUCUGAUCCAGCAUUUUCAAAUGAUCCCACCAGUGCCCCUGCCUCGACAGCUCCUUCUCUCCCCACUGAGGAAAAGGUGACCCCUCCACCAAAGUCAGAGAGGACGGUAAUGCAGGUUCCGACAAUCAAUGUUAUUGAGACAGAUGAGCCAAAUUACAGUGAAGAGGAGAUGGAAAUGGAGCUUGAAGUAGAUGAAGAUGAGGAUUAUGAAGUUUUAAAAGAUUCAACCAGAGAGGCUCCCAAAACCCCAGAACCAGAGUACAGUGAAAAUGAACAACCCAAGACACGCCCCUUAGAAACUGAAUUCAUCGAAGGCUACUCUCCCCCAUCCUCACCUGUGGACUCUGAUGUUGAAUACAGUCCUAAACACAAGAUUCUUAAAUCUCUUCCAGAAGCGUACCAUCAGGAGCCUAAAUCUGUGCCAGAGGCCCCACCCGAUCCAACUGUUUCAAAGGUCUCUGAAUCAGACAUUUCCCAAGCACAUAUCACAAAGACACAGAGUACUUUUAAUAAAGCAAAUGAUGAACCCUUACCUUUCAUAGUCCCAAAAGAAGAAGUGGACUUCCCAGACAAUGAUGACGAAUGGUCAGAUGAAGCACACGAUAUGCUGGUUAAAUCUUGCAGCACAAAUCUUGAGUCCAAGGAAUCAGUUCCUUCCAUCCAACCCGAAUUGGAUUUGAGUAGCAACACAGCUGUAAAAGAGACUUGCGUGGAAGUAGCUUCCCACUCUAAAACCAGCUUAAUUCAAGAUGAGAUAUAUGACCGAGAGUCUUUUGAUUACGAUUAUGAUCGAUCCUCACCUGUGGAUGAGCAGUUUCUUACUGAUCCUUCUAAAAUCCACAUUCAAACACUGAAUUCAAGCCCUGCACAAAGUGAUGUUCUGGAGAACAAACAGGACUGUCAAACUCUGGAUGACUUCACUUCACUGAAUUAUUGUGAGACAUUAAGCAGCAUCAAUGAGCCAGAUUUCAAUAAGAUAACGACCACGGAUAAUGUUUCAGAUAAUAUUGCAAAUGGAAACUCUCUCCAGCAUGACAUGAAACCAGGUGUCCUCGAACCAGAGGCAACCCAGAUCCCAGAGAGUAUUGACCCUGACAGCACAGUUUUGGAGCGUACAGAUAGCUUUGUGGAGUUCAUGAGAGAGUGCCUGAAAUCUAGGGAGGAUGAAGAACCUGACAACCAGCAACAGAGUGUCCUCUCCGAGUCCAAGUUCUGUGAAACUGGUUGGUCUGUCUCCCAGUCCACACCAACCAUGGUGAUGGACCUUGAACAAGAAGAACUUACCAUCAGUGCUCUCAAAGAGCUGGGCAGCAGUCAAGAGGAGGAUGAGUUGGCAUCUCUUCAGUCUAAGGUUCCUGACAAGGACAAAGCUAAUUCCAAUGCUACUGUUAUAGAACAGUCUUCCGAUACAUCAGUUCCUACCCCUCCGUGUUCCAAAAGUGAACUUGCAAUCGACAGCACAUACUCCAAAGAGGUGGAAGCCAUUGAUGAAUGGGUAGCUGAAGCCUAUCAUCUUGCUGAGCAUGUCUUGACAGCGAUACUAACCCACUUAUCAGUGAAGGAUCUGAUCAACUGGCGAGACCCCAAGAAGUCGGGCGUGGUGUUCGGUCUGUCCAUGCUGAUGCUGCUGUCCCUGGCAGCCUUCAGUGUCAUCAGCGUGGCGUCCUACCUGCUACUGGCCCUGCUCUGUGUCACCAUCACCUUCCGCAUCUACAAGUCUGUGGUCCAGGCCGUGCAGAAGUCUAGCGAUGGACACCCCUUCAAAACGCUGAUAGAUAAGGAUGUCAGCAUCCCCCCAGAGACCUUCCGCAAGCACGUGGACGCCAGUCUGACCUACAUCAACCGAGCCCUAAAGCAGAUGAGCCGCCUCUUUCUGGUCGAGGACCUUGUGGACUCCCUAAAGCUGGCUGUGGUCAUGUGGCUGCUGACCUACGUAGGAGCUGUUUUCAAUGGAAUCACCAUUCUGAUCCUGGCUGACAUCCUGCUCUUCGCUUUGCCUCCAGUCUACGAGAAGAACAAGACCCAGAUUGAUCAGUACAUUGACGUGGCACGUACUCAAGUCAACACCACAAUGGCCAAGUUGCAAGAGAAGCUUCCUGGAGCUAUGAAGCGCAGCAAAACUGAAUGAUCACCUCCACCCCAUUAGAAACCUCCACAUCACCAUCAUCCUCAUCUCCAUCACCACCUUAAACCCCCUUAACCUCCCCCCAGCCCCCUCUCCAGUUAACCCCGCCCCAGUCUAACUGCCCCUCCCAACUCCAUCUACCAUCACCACCCUACAACACUGAACCUUGCUAGGUAGAAAAUCUCUGAGCUACUCAAUAUUCAAUGUAAAACUACUGCGCAGCUUAACUUGCAAGCAUUAGAAAAGAACUGUGCCUGUGCAGACAGGAAGAGCACCGCUAGCGGGGAAGUGAUGUAACGCCACAGCGAUUCCCGCCUGUCUGUGGGCGUGCCACAGGGGAGCGGAGGCAGGGUCGAGUGAACUAGACUGAAUCUAUGACCUGGUUCCAUCGUGCACAGCGAGCAGGGGGUGUUUGGUGGCUGUUCAUCAAUAAAAAAGCAAAUGUCUGUACUUAAAAACCGCACAUUUCCCCAAACAUCAACGGAAAAUUUAAGCUGCAAACAUUAAAGAAGAAAAAAAAGAGAAAAAGAAAUAAAAGCAACCUUUUGGGCUCUGUUGGAUGGAUAGAUAUGAGUUCAUAUUUGGAAGCUUGUUAAUGGGUCUGCUGUUAUUAAUUGGCCUGUUUAUUUGGGUUUGUUUCCAUUCACCUUACAGGCACCUCCUCUGUAUGUCAGUUUCUGCAAUGCACUGAACUUUUCUUUUUGAAACCAUCAGCAGGGUGAAAGAAACGGUUUGGAACACGGAGCCAGCUGUGAUAAUUUGGUCUAGUUCACCGUCUUGAUCAGAUGCUUCUCUGGAACAGUUCUGUUUUGUAUAUAUUCACCUGAAGACAACGGCAGGCUCUCUGCUGUGUGGAACACGCAAGCCUCGCUUUUUAUAUCAAAGGACAGUUCCCGCACAGCAGUCCUAACUCCUUUUAUGUCGCACCCGUUCAAGCCACAAAGUGUUGAUCUCACAUGCACUGGUACAUUUUGAUUCUUCCUAUCACUACUUAUUACUAUUAUUGAUAUGAAUUAGAAUGGCUGCUUUGACUCCCUACUAGCUUGACGGCAGCAUUGUAAGAGUUAUGUUAGUGUCAUUGCGCUUCAUCAUUUACACUGAAGCUCUUUCAGAAUAAACUCCUGAUGGGCUUUUAGGUUAUGAAAUACUCUUUUAAAGUGUUAUCACACCCCUAAAUCUCCAAAAUGGUUUCACAGCUCAACUCAUGAAUUUCACAAGUAAGGAGUCUAGAGUGUGUUAAAUCGUAACAGAGUUUCACAGAGCUACUUUUUUUUUUCAGUGAUCUUGAAGACCAUGAGAAAGGGUUGACAGCUUUUUGUCAAAUUACUUCAAAAUUUAAGAAUUGAACUUUCCCAUCGAUUUAUAAUUAAUUUACUCAUUUGUUGAAUCUGCAUUUAGCUAGUGCCAUGGUUAACUCAAUGAUUUUAAAAACAUAAUCUGUCUUUGAAAUUCAGAUUUACUAUUUACAUGUAAAGUGUCUGGCCAAUCAGCUCCUGUUGCUCCCCUGUGGGCGGAUCUUCAAUUGUUUAAUUGGAACAUUAUUUACGCAUAUUCAAAUAAAUUCAUUAAUGAGCCAGGAUACAAAUUGUGAGAUGGAAUAUGAUCGGCAGACUCUGACUCUCCAGUAAUAAAUAACAAAAUUCAAAAGCAAAUUUAAUUGGUAGUUUUACUAUACUAAUUUAUAAAAAUCUAAAUAUCAGAAUGAUUUAUUUAAUGUUAUUGAAACAACACAUUUUAGACUCCGUGCUAACCUCAGCGACGACCUGAGAGACAUUUUAGAGCUGAGGGGUUGGUGUAACCAACCCGGGCUGUGAUAUUUUGAGUGCAGCUGGUUAUUAUAGAGCUCUGCUUGUCACUUUCUUUUUCUCUGACUGCCAUGAAGCGCAUGUCAUAGUAUAAGCUGGAAAGAUUCCCACCCUUUAUAUAGGCUGUAUCAUAUUUUUGACCCUGACUUUUGUUUAAUAUGAUUAUUACUUGUGAUUGUUUCAGUGGUGUUUUUGAACUAAAAAUAAAAAAACCAUAGUCAUAUGUCGGCGCUACUGCUACAUCUCCAUAUUGUUUUAAGGGAGGAGUAUGUAGAAGGAACUGAAAUUACAGGUGUGUCUGUGUUGCUUUCCAAUCCCCAGUACCACAGAGUACAGGCCCCUGAAUGCUGACAGGCCGACAGUGGAGGGGCCGUGCUGUCACUGCUUCUCAGUGCUGACACGACACGUUUCUGUGCUGAAUGUUUUCUCUGGUGGAACAUUCCUCUCCAUGCAUGCCGCACCUCUGUGUGUCACCUCGCCAAUGUCGUGGUGAACUCCCCGUGCAUGGUGUCUCAUUCGGACUCCGGGUGUUCAAACCAAAAUAUGCAACAUUUCUGUUGGAGAUUUUACCCCCUCCCUCGUUCCAGCCCCCCCUCCCCUCCCCUCAGGUUGGCAGCUCACCUGAGUCUGAGCUGAGCAGCGUCAGUACGGCCCCUACAGACAGAGUGUGUGGCGUGGGGGGGUCAGGCCAUGAUGCAGAGAAUGAUGGUGUUUUUAUGCAUCCUGCUUAUUUAUUUGAAUGUGAAGAAGUUGCAUAUUGCAGCUUUAAAAAGUUACAUUCUCAUUUUCAUUUAAAGGUUUGCCGUAAACUACUGGAAUAUAUAUAUAUAUGAAAGUUUGGUUCAGUUUAUUUAAAGGGUCCGUUCAAUCAAAUUGUUAAAAAAAAAAGAUGAACUGCAGUUACAUUGCUAACUUUUUUGCUUUUGAGAUAUCUGCUUUUACUUGAUUACAGUAGAGGUGAAUAGAUGUCCUUUUUCCAAAAACGGUGUCCUUGUUCUUCUGGAUUAUCUGUAGAACAGUCAGCUCUUUUUUUUUUAGGGACUAUUACUUCUUCCAAUCUAAACUCCAUUACCCUCCAUUACGGUGGAGGUAGAAAUCUCCGAGACACUGACUUUAAUCUGGAAAACCAAGGCAAAGAGGACAAAAGCUGCAAAUGUAAAUGUGGUUCUCUGAAGUCUGUUAUAAUAAACUAGAAGCAAAUCCGUUUGCCAGGCUUGAUACUACUGGAGGUGUUUUGGUUGAACUGACCCUUUAAUGUUCCAGCAGCUACCAUUAUGCACUGCACCUCUAGGUGAACCUAAAGACCAUGUUACCUGCUGUAUGUUACUGUGCUACCAGGGUAAACCCAUCACUGCAACUCAGAGCUAUAGUUGGCUUAUUUCUUUAGAGUCUAAUAUAUAAUAUGAAUAACAACUUGACACAUUGAACCUGUUCCCUCACAGCAUGUUGCUUUGCUCCUUUUUCCUGUUUGUCCAAGUGCGUCUUCAUCGGGUUCGGGGGGGGUGUGUGUGGCAGGAGUGUGUUUGACUUAUCUCGUCUCUGAGGAGUCUCGUUUUGCUUCUGACUCUUAACUGGUAUCUAGAUGUUGUUCACUAACAUCAGCUUUGUUUUGUAUUAGAUAUGACUUUGGUUUUUGAAGCUUUGGGAAAGAUGUUGCAGGAAUAAAAAUGGAAAAUUGGAAAAAAAAGUAUGUGGUCUCUGUACUGAUGUCAAAGUGAAAUUAAUAAAAACAUGUCAAAGGA